CAAAGCUCCAAUCCAAUUUCAACAUCACGGACUCGUACUCGACUUAAAGACUUGCCACUGGUACUUCACCACAUACAGCCCCCCGACGCCAACUGCCCCAAACAGAGACUAUGGCAAGCCACCUUCCUCAGGGUCUCUCCCCGGAUGCAGUCGAUGCCCUCACCGAGCUCACGUCUAUCCUCACCCGCUUCCGUAGUGCCCAACAACAACAGCAGCUGCAAGGCACGACAUCAACCGCCAUCGCGCCUGGCGCAGGAAUACCAACCUCCCUCUCGGGAACAGCCCAACAAGCCGGAACACCCGCAGCAAGCGGCGUAACAGGCACCACCCCCCAACCAACCUCGAAUCCAACACCGGGACCCAGCGGCAACAACACCUCGGAUGGAGGAGGCAACCAGCAGCCUUUCACCGUCAAAGACCUUCCGCCGGCAACAGAUAACCUCAAGCACAAGCUACAGCGGGCGCGAGUAGCGAUGCGCUCGCUAGACGACGUGCAGCGGUCGAUUGCGCUACAGGAGGCCGAGCUGGCGGGGCUGGAGGCGCGGAGGCAAGCGCGAGCGGGCGUGCUGACGAAGACGCAGGAGGAAGGAAUGGCGUUUGUCAAGGCUGGGGGGCUGGGGAGUGGUGAGGACGAGGGGAGGAUGAUUGAGUGA